AUGCAGAAUGUAGAUGCAGAGCGCUUACUAGAGAAAACGGUAACCGAGCUUGAAGUGCGCGCGACGCUCAACUCGCUCAUCAAGGAGCACGAAGACAAGGAACGCUCAUUCGCUGAAUGGGAGAGUCGUCUUCUGGAAAAGGAAAAGUCCAUUGAGGAUAGUAUCAUCAACUGCGACGAGAUGCUUCGUCAGGCGGACGCGAAACGCGAGUUCGCGGAGGAGAGCGCCAGGCGUGAUGUCAAAAUGCACGACUCGUGUGCGCACGAGAUGUGCCGUCUUCGAUCUCAGCUAACGAAUAUCCGAUCGAAGAUCAGUCGUGUCUUAAAGGAAGUUGGUUCGAGCGCCGUGUACUUUGAAUUUCUGAGUCGCGCGACUCGAAACACACCGUCCAAAGAUACGUCAAAGUCAGAAGAUACUUACGAGCUUGUGGACGAGAUUCUUGAUCGCCAUCGAACGCUAGUGACGGCAAACUCGCAGCUCCAAAAUCGUCUUGUCGCGGCAACGCGUUCUAGCGGCGACCUGAUCAACGCGCACAACAAGUACAUGGACGACUCUCGAGAGUUGGUCUUGGCGCUCAAUACUCGUCUCGGCAGCAUGAAACGCUCGCUCGAAUCAAACGUACGAAACACCACCGCGGACGCCAUAAUGAUGACGCAUCUGGCGAAGAAAUCCACUUCGCGACGAGCAUCCGUGAGCCUCGUAAAGAUGGCUGCAGAGAACAUAUUCGCCAAGUGUACCGGGCGCUCACGAGUGCGUCGAUGUGCGUCGAGUGACACGUCAAUGACCACGGCGAGGCUGCGCGUCAUCGGCCACGUCCUGUGCGAUUGGCGCGAGAUCAUCAACGGAGUGGAUGCAAUUUAG